CAAUUUUCCACCCUCCUCCUUUGUUAUUGUAUUAUCCUGCACGGCUGCACCUAGUAGCCAUAACUUAGCACGUUAUAAUAGAGCAUAGCAUCAAGUCGAUAAAAACAAACAACAGAGUGAUUAAGACAGCAACAAGUAACGUGAAACUUUGACUUGAUCCAAAAUCUUCAUGUCCCCAAAAUAAAUCACAAAAUCCAAAUGCAAAGCACCGCUGACAUGAACAUGGCGUCGCCAUCUUCACCAUCUUCAACCUCCACCACAUCGUGGUUUUCCGGCAUCGUUCGCGGCCGCUCCGACAAGAAUAUCACCUCGAAAAACGCGCCCAACUCAGUCUCCGUCGUCUCUGGCGCCGCUGAUAACUCCGCAUCUCUAGGUCCUGUCAUCAAGAAGAACCACUAUCGCGGUGUUCUCUUCCGAUACGGUCCUAAGUCUAUUCAGGUUGCAUUUAAAACAGGUGAAUAUAAGCAGCAAGUCGUUUUCAUUGGUGGAUUGACUGACGGCUUUAUGGCGACUGAGUACUUGGAACCCUUGGCCAUUGCUUUGGAUCAUGAAAAAUGGUCUUUGGUUCAGAUACUCCUUUCUUCUUCCUACACUGCAUACGGAACUUCAAGCCUUGAGCAAGAUGCUAUGGAGCUUGAUCAAUUAAUCAGCUACUUAAUAAACAAGGAAAAUUCUGAUGGUGUGGUGCUACUUGGUCACAGUACUGGAUGUCAGGACAUAGUGCAUUAUAUGCGCACAAAUGCAGCAUGUUCCAGAGCUGUCCGUGCAGCAAUUUUGCAGGCUCCAGUCAGUGACCGUGAAUACCGAGCAACACUUCCUGAAACAGCUACAAUGAUUGAUGUAGCUUCAAAAAUGAUUAGUGAAGGAAAAGGAUCAGAUCUAAUGCCCAGGGAAGCAAAUCCAGAUGCUCCAAUUACUGCCUAUAGGUUCUACUCCCUUUGUGCAUAUAUGGGUGAUGAUGAUAUGUUCAGUUCUGACCUCAGUGAAGAUCAACUGAGAAUGAGACUGGGUCAUAUGUCCAAUAUACCUUGUCAGGUUAUCUAUUCUAUGGGUGAUGAAUAUGUGCCUGACUACGUUGACAAGAAAGCACUUGUAGAAAGAUUAUGCAGAUCGCUUGGUGGAGCAGAAAAGGUAGAAAUUGAACAUGGAAACCACUCGUUAUCCAACAGAGUGGAAGAAGCUGUCCAGGCUGUUAUAGACUUCGUUAAGAGAGAAACACCAACCGGUUGGGAUGAUCCUUGGAAUUGAGUUUGUAAUGAUGUCAUCCUUUUGCCUCUAUUAUUUUCUUUUGUGGAGGGAAGUAUAUGAUUUUUUCCCCGCAUUCAUUAAUUUAUUUAUCGUAUUUAGUUGCUUCCUCACAUAAGGGAUGACAUUCAGAGUGCUCUAAAAUUGCUUUCAAAUCAUAGGAAUAUAGUUUGUACUUAAAAGAAUGAUCUUUUCUGCAGUCUCUCAUAGAGCUGGAUCGUUGAAUCAUAUUGUAAAGAGAUGAACGAUACAAGUAUAUCCAUAACUAAGAUAUCCCUGCUGGCUU